AGCAACCCCAAAAAAACUACACAGUAAGCACUGAGCACCCCCGGCGCCGCCCCUCGAUUCAACUCACUCCUCGUCGCCAAGGCCACAACUACAACUGCCUAAAGCAGACUUGCACGCCGCGUCACGACGUCGGGUUAAGGGUUUCUUUGAGAAACAGUCCCCACCACCGUACUGCCCUUGGGACACUGCUGAAGAUGGCCGACGUUCAGGCCAAGCUGCAGGCCCUUUCAGAGGAGUUCACGAAGCUACAGCAAGAACUGCAAGAGGCUGUCCAGUCGAGACAGAAACUCGAGGCUCAGAAACAGGAGAACCUCGGAGUCCAAAAGGAGUUCUCCAAACUGAAGGACGAUGAGACCAUCUACAAACUCAUUGGGCCUGUGUUGCUGAAGCAAGAUCGGGUGGAGGCUGAAAGCACUGUGAAAGGCCGAUUAGAGUUCAUUGAAAAGGAGAUCUCGAGGCUGGAAUCGCAUAUCAAGGAAACACAAGGGAAGAUGGACAAGAAGAAGAGCGAAAUCAUCCAGAUCCAGGCAAGCGCGCAGGCUGGGGCCGCUCCCCAGGCGGCCAAGGCAUGAGCGGUCAUGCUGCUUUGGACCAGUUAGACGGACAUGGCAGAACGAUUCAUUACCAUUCAAAGAUACCCCAAA